AUGGCAUCUUCAUCGCGAUCGUCCCUAGUCAUCCGAGCCUGUGACAACUGCAAAAAAAGAAAGGUCAAAUGCGACUCGGCUAAUCCUUGCGCCACCUGCCGCAUAUCUCAUCUUGCCUGCCAUUACACCAGUGUCCCCAAACGACGCGGUCCCCGAGGCUUUCGGCAAAGGAAGGCCCAAUGUCUCGUCCCACAGGCAUCGUCCCCAGAGACGCAGCAAGAGAUUCAUCAACCCGUUCCGGAACCUCUUGCGGAGUUUCAAUCGGAGCACAGCUCACCAUUAGUUGAGGGAUUUGGUCCUCUGCAGCCAUGGCAAUCGACUCCUGCAAUCACGUUGAUCGCCCCGACAGAAGUCAUUCCGAUUGUAUACCCGCCGCACGCUGCUUAUGCGGUUCUGGAUAGUCUUCUGCAGUCAAUCAAAGACAAGCUCCCGUCUCUGCCGAUAGUAGAGGUCGCCAAUUCCUGCAUUGACCUCUACAUGCAGUAUACCUUCGCUACCGCCCCCAUCAUCCACGAGGCUAGUCUCCGCAGCUAUGCCUUGAAUUUCUUCUCCGGGGUGCCCUCCCCAAGUCUCUUUGAGGCUAGUAGAGAGGACCAACGGGUCGCUUCCAUGAGAUCUUUUACCUUCAUCACGGCACUAUGUGCCUCUGUUUCAUCGGUGAUGCCGGCUUCUCUUCAGCCGCAUGGCCCUAUUCUUGACAGGCCAUUCCUGCGCGCCUCGCGCGAGAUGUUGAAGCUCUACGAGGACUACGACCUGGAGCAUCCAAAUUCUUCAUCCUUGGCCAUCCGAUGCCUUCAAUCCACCGCCAUGCAGCAUACCACGGGCAAAAAGAACGCUGCGUUUCACGUGGUCGGGCAAGCGACGCUUCUAGCCCAGUCCAUGCAUCUCUACAGCGAAGAUUCCAUUCUGCGGGAUGACGCCGUUGAGUCUCAACUUCUUCGACUGAAUUUCUGGAACCUUUAUUCCGCCGACAACGCGGGCUUAAGUCUCGGGACCCGACCCUGCAUUCUACAUCCGGAUCUAUUCUCUGAUUGCAUGACUCUACAUCCUCUGGGCGAGCCCUUCACGCCGCUUCUCGACCCCAAUAAUCCCCGGUACGAGAAGCCUUACGAGGAACGCCUUCUGGCAGGCUUUCACCUACUUCCAAGGCUCUGGUCUUCGGCUAGUAGCCUCCUCCGGGACAUAAAGACCUUUAACAAAGAUAAUGAAGAUAGCUGGGGUCGCAAAUCCUGCAUCGCCCAAUCGUACCUCGAUUUCGUGGGGGUUCUAGAUGCUUUGCCCUCCUGGCUGCAGAUCUCCAGUCUAGUCUCCAACCCCGAAGACAAUGAUGCGGUAUCCUUUCAAAAGAGAUCCUUCUGGAUGCAGCGAUGUACUUUGACCAUGACCUUUUCUUGUCUUCGACUUGUCAUCCUACGGGAAUGCAUUGAUAGCGGUCUCUGCAGUAUUAUGGGACUUUCUGAGCAGCCUCUCGCGUGGGCCAUGAAGCAGGCGGAGAUGAUCCAGGACUUUCUGCAGACAUUUGAUGAUAUCCCUUUUGCGUAUCAUCAAAUCAAAGGGGAACCUAGCGUCGAAAGAAUCCGUCGAGUCGGCACGAUCCUUCUGGCAUUGAUACAGAACGUCGAUAACGAUAUCAUUAAGAAACGCGCCAACUCGUACUUUGAGCGGAUCUUAGAUUCUUUAGCCAGAUUAAACUCCAAGGCGUCCGAAGAGUUGACCUGUUGA